AUGAGUGCUGAUAAAGAUAUUAAGGUCACUCCUGGAACCAGUGAAUUAGUUGAACAGAUAUUAGCCUUGCUCUCCCGGUAUCUCUCAUCUUAUAUUCACGUCCUGAACAAGUUCAUUAGCCAUUUGCGAAGGGUAGCUACGCUACGAUUCGAAAGAACUACUUUGAUCAAAUUUGUCAAGAAAUUAAGAUUCUACAAUGAUUGUGUAUUAAGCUAUAACGCAUCAGAGUUCAUCAAUGAAGGUAAGGACGGAUUAGAUCCAAAUGCGGACUCGCUUGAUAAAGUGAUUUUACCAAUAGCCUCAAUGUUCGUUAAAUGCGUCGAAACAUUCGACUUACUGAACUAUUAUCUAACGCAAUCAUUACAAAAGGAAAUUUUAUCCAAGACUUUGAAUGAGGACCUAACACUAACAGCAGAAUCCAUAUUGGCUAUUGACGACAGCUACAAUCAUUUCGUGAAGUUUUCUCAAUGGAUGAUUGAGUCCUUGCGUAUAGGUAGCAACCUCUUAGAUUUAGAAGUUGUCCAAUUCGCCAUCAAAUGUGCUGAUGAGGACGGUACAAAUAUCGGAGAAACUGAUAACAUCUUUCUGCAGGAGAUCCUUCCUGUCAAUUCUGAAGAAGAAUUUCAGACCUUGUCAGCUGCGUGGCACUCUAUUUUAGAUGGAAAGCUGAGUGCCUUAGACGAAGAAUUCGACGUCGUCGCUACCAAGUGGCAUGACAAGUUUGGUAAGUUGAAGAAUUGA